AUGGACUUGCCUGAAAACUUUGACUCUCAGGAAGCUUGGCCAAACUGUCCAACUAUCAGGGAAAUUCGGGACCAAGGUUCCUGUGGAUCACGCUGGACGUUCGGUGCAAUGGAGGCAAUUUCUGAUCGUACUUGUGUUCACUCUAAUGGAAAAGUAAACGUGGAGGUUUCUGCUGAAGACCUGCUUUCUUGUUGCGGCUCAAAGUGUGGAAUGGGCUGUAAUGGAGGAUACCCUGGAGCAGCCUGAGAUUACUGGGUUGAGAAAGGCCUGUUCUCUGGAGGAUGGUAUGACUCACAUGUGGGUUUCAGGCCAUACUCAAUCCUACCCUGUGAGCAUCGUGUCAAUGGCUUCCGUCCGGCUUGCAAAGGGGAGGAGGGUGACACUCCAAAGUGUGUGAAAGAAUCUGAAUCUGGCAACACUCCCGACUACUCGACCGAUAAACACUUUGGAGGAAACUCCUACCAUGUCCCAAAAGAUCAGCAAGAAAUCAUGGCAGACAUCUACAAGAACAGACCGGUGGAGGCAGACUUUGUGGUUUAUUCAGAUUUCCCAACCAUGUGGCAGGACAAGUACUUGGAGGCCAUGCUAUUAGGAUGUUGA